GAGACCUGCUCGAAAAGGCAAUUAUGGAUUUUAGAGAAGCCAUCCUUGAUCAGAAUUAUGAAUAUAAUCAAAGAAAAACUAGGUUUGAAGAUCAACUAUGUAACAGCGACAUUGACAUGUUUGUGCCCGGAGUUUUUCGGGUGUUACUACUUCCGGUUUGUGACGUCGUCCAUCCCACUUGUCGAAGGUUCCCACGUGCGCACAGAAAUGUGUUUGUGACUUUUAAAUUUCCAUAUUUUCCCACUCCGGCCUCUGUUUUAAACAAUUUAAAUUUGUUUUUGAACAUGAACCUCGCUGCGAAGGACGCCUACAUUCAGAAAUUUGCAAGUAAAGUCUUUUCUCAGCACCAGGAAUCUAAAGAGAGACCGUUUGUUUAUUACAAAGGUAAAAACAACUCUGAUCCUCAAAAGAAGAAGAAGAAUAAAAAGAAAAAUAUUCAAGACAAGAAUGCUGAUAAAAAGACUCCAAACCACCAACAGAAAUCUUCUCCAUCCACCCAAAAAGGAGCCGCUCCAGCAGAAAAGAAUAAACCCAAACACAUCACAAGCACUAAUGGAGCAAUAACACACAAGACUGAAGAGAAAUCAAAUGCCAGCUUCACCUCAGUGGAUCUGUUACGAAAGAGGCUACAUGAGAAGAUUGAAGAGUCCAGAGGCCAGGGAGCUCCUCAGGAUGCAUUAUCAGAAGCCGUCCAAGCAAAGCGUGCAAAGCGAAAGCUGGAGCGAGAACGCAAGAAGAGGAAGAGGAAGGAAUUUCAGAUGAAGAAACUAGCUGAAAAAAGUGACCAAGAGCCGGCAGUCGAGGUGAAAAAGGAGGAACAGCAAGCGCCGGUCCCCAAAAAAAGAGAGGAGGCUGCAAUUGUCUUUAACACAGUGAAAAUAGUAGAGGAGGCGUAUGUUGAUAAAAUUCAGAAAAAGAAAGAAAAGAAACAAAAGGUGAAGGGCAAGUUAACGCCGCUCACAGGAAAGAACUACAAGCAGCUGCUGAGCCGCGUGGAAGCUCGCAAAGCGAAGCUCGAGCAGCUGAAGGAAAAAGACGAGGCGAAGGCUCUCGACUUCGAGAAGAAGAUGAAAUGGACCAACGUGCUUUACAAAGCAGAGGGCCUCAAAAUCAAAGACGACGAGGACAUGCUGCGCACCUCUCUGAUGAAGAAGGAGAAGAAACGCGCGCAAAAGAAAAAGAAGUGGGAUCAGCGCUGUGAAAGCGUCGUGGAAAAGAUGCAGCACAGGCAGGACAAGAGGAAAAAGAACAUCCAGAAACGCAAUAAAGUCAAGAUAGAAAAGAAGAAAAACAGAGCACGAAAGAAGGGAAGAGUGCUCCCAGAAGAUCUUAAAAAAGCAGCAGUUUAGAAGAAAGAACUCUCAGCACACCUAAAUAAACGAAAUUAGUGCGGAAGUGGGAUAAUUUUAUGAUUAAAAGUUGAGUUUAUCCCCAUAAAUGUAACCUCUUUAAUGUGCAGGAUAUUUGCCCUGAUAAUAAAAUCUCAUAUUUCUUUUAUUAUAAACUGUUGUAGCUUUCUGUUUCACUUGUCAUUUGUCUGAAAUUAAAAAUAGAAGAGAAUCUAUUCUCUCA